AUGGAAAGGCGGGUGCAGCUGGUGAAGAAGGACAGCGAGCGGGAGAAGCACCGCAUCUUCCAGGGCUUUGAGGUGGAUGAGAAGCCGGAGGCAGAGGCUUGUGAGAAGCUGCCAUUGGAGUGUCCUCAGGACCUGCUGGAGCCCCCCCCGACCCUGCAGCCCAAGCACUUCCCCUAUGGCAGGAAUGGGAAGGGACACAAAAGGAAGCCAACGUUUGGGAGUGUGGAGAGGAAGACGCCUGUUAAAAAAAUGGUGUCCGAAUUCUCAAAAGUGAAGAGUAAAACUUCGAAGCACUCCCCAGGGAAGGAGGAAUCGGGCAGCUCCUUGUCUGAAACUGUUUGUAAAAGAGAACUGCGGAGCCAAGAGACUCCAGAAAAAACCAGGUCAUUCCUGGAGACCCCGCUCCGAGUCUCAGCCCCACCCAAGGGCCCUGGUGCCCACCCCAAGGAGAAGAGCUUCUUCAGCAGCGAGGCAGACGACCUGCCCUAUCUCUCAACCACGGAAAUGUACUUGUGCCGCUGGCACCAGCCGCCCCCGUCGCCGCUGCGGGAGCCUUCCCCAAAGAAGGAGGAGACUGUAGCAAUUCCGUCUUGGAGGGACCAUGUUGUGGAGCCCCUGAGAGACCCCAACCCCUCGGACAUCCUGGAGAACCUGGAUGACAGCGUCUUUUCCAAACGGCACGCCAAGCUGGAGCUGGAUGAAAAACGAAGGAAAAGGUGGGACAUUCAGCGGAUCAGGGAACAGAGAAUCCUACAGCGGCUGCAGCUCCGAAUGUACAAAAGGAAAGGGAUCCAGGAGUCAGAGCCUGAAGUUACCUCAUUUUUCCCUGAGCCAGAUGAUGGUGAGUGCUGGGGGGAAAGUGAGGAUGGCAUUGAAGGAGAUGCUGUACUCUCGGAUUAUGAAAGCACAGGAGACUCGGAGGUGCAGGAAGAGGAUUACAGUGAGGAAGAAAGUGCCAAAGUGGAACUGAAGCAGGAUAGUAAUGGUUCCUGUGAGUCAGCAGCAAAAGCAGAGAAAGGGGAUGAGAAACCUGACCCCAAAGGUGCUGUGACCGGGGAGAGGCAGAGUGGGGAUGGCCAGGAGAGCACUGAACCUGUUGAGAAUAAAGUUGGGAAAAAAGUUCCCAAGCACCUGGACGAUGACGAGGACCGGAAGAACCCAGCCUACAUCCCACGGAAAGGGCUCUUCUUUGAGCAUGACCUGCGCGGGCAGACGCAGGAGGAGGAGGUCAGGCCGAAGGGUCGUCAGCGGAAGCUGUGGAAGGACGAGGGCCGCUGGGAACACGACAAAUUCCGGGAGGACGAGCAGGCCCCCAAGACAAGGCAGGAGCUGAUUGCUCUCUAUGGCUACGACAUCAGGUCAGCUCACAACCCCGAUGACAUCAAGCCGAGGAGGAUGCGCAAACCAAGAUUUGGGAGUCCCCCUCAGCGAGACCCAAACUGGUCCAACGAAAGGCCAAAUAAGCCCCCAAGGCACCAAGGUGCAGACAGCACCUCGGCUGCCCCGCGAACCUUCACCAGCCGGAGCUCCGCGGGAACAGGGAGGAUGCCCCCACCUCGCAACUACCCGAGGAUGGGGGGCUACAAGGAGACCCGUCCAGGCUACCGUGCUGCAGAAGCCAGUGGCCAGCAUCUCUCUCGGAAUGGCGAGCAGGCCAAGCAGGAGAGCAGCUACCGAGGAAAACGUGCGGAGCAAACCCCAUCCAGAGACCAGUCCCCCGAGAUGGAAGCAGCUCAUGUCCACAGCAGCCCUGCCAAGGAGGAGGUCGCUCUGGAAAACCAAGCUGCAGCUGCCGAUGCUGCACCACCACCACCAGACAGACCAGUUGAAAAGAAAUCUUAUUCCCGGGCAAGAAGGACCAGAAUCAAAGCUGGGGACACGGGGAAGCUGGCAGAUGAAGUUCCCGCCUCGGAAGGGCUGGCUCCUGUGCCUCCAAAACCUAUGCAAGCAGAGACGUCCCCCCCGCCAGCCAAGAGCAGUAACUGGGAGUCACAAGUAGAAUCCAGCUUGGAUGGACUCGAGCAGGAGAUGACCCAGAUGAAUCUCACCGAGCAGAACUGGACCCCGGGGCAGUCGCAGUUCAUGCAGCCCCGGGAGCUGAGGGGUAUUCCUAACCAUAUGCACAUGGGAACUGGGCCACCACCUCAGUUUAACAGGAUGGAGGAAAUGGCAGUGCAGGGGGGCCGCGUGAAGCGCUACUCAUCCCAGCGGCAGCGACCACCGGUGCCGGAGCCUGCACCUCCCAUGCACAUCAGCAUCAUGGAAGGGCACUAUUAUGACCCACUACAAUUCCAGGGACCAAUCUACACCCACAGUGAGAACCCAGCCCCGCUGCCGCCCCAAGGGAUGAUUGUGCAGCCGGAAAUGCACCUCCCUCAUCCAGGUUUACAUCCCCACCAGACACCAGCCCCCAUGGCAAACCCUGGGCUCUACCCCCCGCCGGUCUCCAUGCCCCCUGGGCAGCCCCCGCCGCAGCAGCUGCUUGCUCCCACUUACUUCUCCCCUCCUGGAGUCAUGAAUUUUGGGAAUCCUGGCUACCCCUACACCCCGGGAGCACUACCCCCUCCACCCCCUCCUCAUCUCUAUUCCAACACCCAGGCCCAGUCCCAGGUGUACGGAGGGGUGACAUACUACAACACUGUCCAGCAGCAAGUGCAGCCCAAGCCUUCUCCACCUCGGAGGACGUCCCAGCCUGUCACUAUCAAACCACCACCUCCUGAGGACAGUAAAGGUGAGAAGUCAAAGGAGAGGAGCAACACGUAG